GAAACGCUGUCAGCCGGGGUGAUGAAGCGCGUCCAAUGGAGGGUCUUUCUCCUGCAGAGAUGUUCAGCUCGUCUCCAGUCACUGUGGUGAUCACGUCCGAGCCUGACACGUGGGAUAUCGAUGCCUCCUCUUGUCUGGGUCAUGGACAGUUCGUGGACUGGGACAGGAUGCCGGACGUGGAGCAGCAGGCAGAUAUCCCUGGAGACAUCCUCACUAAGCCCAAGAAAGAGCUGAAGAGGCUGGCAAGAGAGGGCUACUGGGCACGGAGCCGCGAGCUGAGAGCCCAGGUUUACCACCAGGUCAUCCAGCAGGUCACCUGCCGGCUCGUGACGCCGGAUGCUCUAGUCUACACAGACGUAGCCGGCCGGCUCUUCGGGAAGCAGAGUGUGAGCUCCCACCCUCUGCCGGACUUCCUCGAGGGCUGCUCCAUGCCCACGUACUGCCUGAACCUGGAAGGGGUCACCGCGCUGAAGAAGAUCCUCAUCUGCAUCGGCAACCUGUUCCCCGACAUCACGUACAGCCCCGCGCUGCCCGCGCUGGCGGCGCUGCUGCUGCACUACAGCCGGGGGGAAGCUCAGUGUUUCGAGAACAUCUCUCGCCUCAUCGCCAGCAAUGCCCCCCACACCAGCUACAUUGACCAAUCUUUCCUGGCCCACCAAGCCUCCUGCAUGACUUUUGGGGACCUGGCCAACAAGCACUGCCCAGCAGCUCACAGACUGAUAGCCAGCACCUCCGAGAACGUCUUUGAGGUCUACUCGGAAUGGUUGUCGUGGCUCUUCCACGACCUCCCCUUCAGUUACGCCAUCCGCAUAUUCGAUGUCUACCUGCUGGAGGGGCAGAAGGUCCUCUACCGCAUUGCGCUGGCCUUGCUGAAGCAGUACAGGCUCUCAGGGAGCUCCUCGGAGCUGCAGGGCACUGACAUCAAGGCAGACCUGCAAGCUUUCCUGCAGAACAUUGAGGAGCACGUGACCGUCGACAAGCUCUUAGAGAGAGCGUUUGGCAUCAGGCUGUUCUCCCGCAAGGAAAUCUGGCUUCUCCAGAUGGCCAACAGGAAGGCGCUGAUGGAGAGAGGCAUCACCAUGGUGCAGAGCAGGCAAUCCUUCCACCUGGCCGUGGACCUGCAGAAUUUCACCUCCAGCAUUGUAACGGCGCAGGAGAUGCGCAUCAUCUGGUCCUGGAUCCCCGAGCGCUUCUCCCUCUUCCCCCCGCUGCUGCUCUUCUCCACCUCGGAAAACGGGUACAGCCUGCAGAGGUUUUACUCGUGCUGUGAAGGCUACGAACCAACCGUGCUGCUCAUAAAAACCACGGAGGGAGAAGUGUGCGGGGCGUUUCUCUCCUCUGACUGGAGCGAAAGGAGGAAGAGUGGGGCAACAUCGGGCUUUUUUGGGACAGGAGAGUGCUUCGUAUUCACAAGGGAGCGGGAUGGAAAAAACUCAGAGGGGCAAAGCCCAGCAUCCAUCAUCCAGCAGCGGGGAUGGCAGAGGUUUCCCUGCCCCAGCAGUGCCUGCUCCAGCCGCCUCCGCGUGCCCGCGCCGGCGCACGGCGGCGGCCGCCUCUCCCCCUUCCUGGCCAUCCGGCAUUUCCUCCUGCCUUCCAAAACAGCUUCCAUGUUCAUGUCUGGCUCUCGGGAAGGAAUCAUUAUUGGCGGAGGAGGAGGCCAAGCUCUGGCCCUCGACGCUGACCUGCACUGGGGACACACGGAGCCCUGUGACACCUUCGACAACCCUCCGCUCUGCCAGGAGAACUUCAAGGUGCAGCUCUUGGAAGCCUGGGGCUUUCAAAACACCUAG